UCAGCCAGGCUCUGGUGUGAGGACCUGGACUGGAUGCUGGAAGAGCAUCCUGGGCCCAGUAGGCCUCAGCCGGAGCCGGACCAGAGAGAGCAAAGCCAGGCUCUGGGACUUUGAACCAGUAAGAUGCAAGAGGUUUACUAAUAAAGAUAUCACCAGAAGUUAGAAGAAAAAUCAACUAGAGGAAAUGCCGGUAGUAUGGGAUGUAAGAAUUCAAAACUCUCUACAGCAGAUACUCUUGUUUUAGGGGCUAUCCAGAUUAUGAUUGGCAUUUUUCAUGUUUUUAUGUGGUAUUUCCUACUGGUUUUGUAUAUGGGACAACUUAAAGGAUUCUUUGGACUAUAUGAGCCUUUAACUUACAGAACAGGAUGUGCUUUAUGGGGAGUCUUUUUUAUCAUAGGAGGAGCCUUCAUAAUAAAAGCAGUAAGGCAUCCAACUGAGAUUUGGCUAAUUUGUUCUUUGUCCAUGAACAUUCUCUGUGUAAUUAUUUCAAAUAUUGCAGCAGUUCUGACCAUAAUUGAGCUGAUGAAUUUUCAUUCUGUGUCAUACAGGAAUUUUGGACAAGCGAAACUGGGGAGAGAAGUUUCACGUAUUUUACUGAUCUCCUACCCCUUGGAAUUUGCCAUUGCACUUGUGUACUCAAUCUGCCUCUGUUCACAUUUGAGUGAAACACAUGAAGAUACUACUCCAAAUGAGUCAGAGGAAGUAGAGAGUACUUUUUGAAAACUUGACAAAUGUUCUACUUGUGCUGAUGCCGGUGGUGUGCUAAUGAUGCGGGUGCUAAUGAUAUUUCUGUUUAACAAAACUACUACAAAGGCCACAGAUUUCACGCAAAAAAAAGGAAAAUACACAAGUCAGAUAUUUCUCCUCAGUGUUCAAGAAAUUUGUGCACACUUAUUUUUCUAGGUUCCAUGGGAAAAGCUUUUCCAUAUAAAAAAAAUAUGAGAUUUACGAGGAAGAAAUGGUUAUGUUCAGUAGCUGAGAACUCUUCAUUGAAGAUCUUUUGUACAAGACCCACAAAAUGAUUUGUAUUCUGUCCAGUGCAGGCUAUGUGAACCAGAAGGAUGGAUGUCAUCUAAUUAACAGGAAACAUUAACACUAUAUGUCCUUAUGAGUAAAACAUAUUCACAUUAUGAGUUUUUCUACCUAAACUAGCUUCUACCUUAAUGAAUCCAAACAGCUACCAAUUUGAGUCUCUUCAUUGUUCCU